UCCGAUGAAGAUGAGAAAUUAUACAUACACAUCGACUUUCAGUGUGUGACGGUCUUAGAUCAGAAAAAAUAAACUUUUUCACCAUGCUGAAGUUCGUAGUUUUGGCUGUUGCUGUUUUUGCCGUAGGUGCUCAGGCUGGCGUAUCAAUCCAACACCUUCCUGCAGUACAGGUUGAAUCCGAAGACGCUCCAACAUUCCAAGUCCUCCCCGGCGGAAUCCAAAUCGAAUCUGAGAACAGUCCAUCAUUCCAAGUCCUUCCUGGCUUGGUUCCAGUUGAAUCUGAAAACAGCCCAUCAUUCCAAGUCCUUCCUGGUGGAAUCCAAGUUGAAUCCGACGUUCCUUCAAUCCAACACCUGCCUGGAUUACAGGUUGAAUCCGACUCUCCAUCUUUCUCUCACCUUCCUGGACUAGUUGCUGAAUCAGACUCACCAUCUUUCUCUCACCUUCCUGGACUAGUAGCUGAAUCAGACUCUCCAUCUUUCUCUCACCUUCCUGGACUAGUACCUGAAUCCGACUCACCAUCUUUCUCUCACCUUCCUGGACUAGUUGCUGAAUCAGACUCACCAUCUUUCUCUCACCUUCCUGGACUAGUAGCUGAAUCAGACUCUCCAUCUUUCUCUCACCUUCCUGGACUAGUACCUGAAUCCGACUCACCAUCUUUCUCUCACCUUCCUGGACUUGUUGCUGAAUCCGACUCUCCAUCGUUCUCUCACCUUCCCGGAGUACAAGUUGAACAAGACCCAUGCGCCGUUUGCUUUGGACAAAUGAAAUUGUUGGUGUCUGCUUUGCAAGAAGUUGUUGCUAACUAAG